AAAGCACGCCCAGAAGGAGGGCCUCAUCCCCAAUGUGACAGGACAGAGUGGAGCCCACACCGGAACUGUGAGUGGUGAUUGUGAGGCACAGAAAGCCCAAACACUGGCAUGCAGGAGAGGCUUCUUCUUGUGCUGGGGCAGGACGCAGGAGCGGCCGCUAGGGGGUGCUGUGUAUCGAGAAGCUGCCGGUACUCUCUUUAUUUUGGAACCGGCGCCGUGUCCGUCCUGCCCAAAGCAAUCUGACAUGCAACGGUGAGAGCGGGCCGGCGUCCUGCUGCAGGAUGUGGCUGAAACCUGAAGAAGUGCUGCUGAAGAACGCGCUGCGGCUGUGGGUUACUCAGAAGUCUAACGAGUACUUCAUUCUGCAGAAGCGACGUGGACAUGGGGACAGUACGGCCAAGUUCACUGGUCGUCUGGUGGGAGCACUGGAUGCCGUUUUGGAUUCCAAUGCACGUGUUGCCCCAUUUCGCAUAUUACUUCAGGUCCCUGGAUCUCAGGUUUACUCGGCCAUUGCUUGUGGUGAGUUAUUGAACGGAUCAGAAGUGUACUGGGCCAUAGCAAUUGGUGCCACAGUAGAAGAGAUCACUCAACACUGGGAAUGGCUGGAACAGAACUUGCUCCACACUUUAUCAGUGUUUGAUAACAAAGAGGAUAUUUCUAACUUUGUCAAGGGCAAAGUAAAGGGCCUUAUUGCUGAGGAGACCAGCAGCAAGCUGGCAGAACAAGAAGAGGAUCCUGAAAAAUUUCGUGAUGCCCUGGUUAAAUUUGAGAGCAGGUUCAACUUUUCAGAGGCAGAGAAACUGGUAACUUUCUACUCCUGCUGCUGCUGGAAGGGCCGGGUACCACGACAGGGCUGGCUCUACUUAAGCAUCAACCACAUCUGCUUUUAUUCCUUUUUUCUGGGAAAGGAAUUGAAGCUUGUGAUCCCCUGGGUUGAUAUUCAAAAACUUGAAAGAGCAUCCAAUGUUCUAAUGGCGGAUAUUAUCAUAGUCACCACACAUGAAAAGGAGAGAGAGUUUUCAAUGUUUCUGGAUAUCAAUGAGGUCUUCCGGAUAAUGGAGCAGCUAGCAGAUGUGGCAGUGAGGCGGCUGUUGGACAAUGAAGUGUUUGAGCUAGAUCCAAAUCUGCAGGAGCCAACACAGAUAACUAAGAGGGAUCUGGAAGCUAGAGCACAGAAUGGUUUUUUUCAGGCCCUAUUUAAGCUCCCAAGGAAAGAGAAGCUUCAUGAAGUAGUAGACUGUUGUCUUUGGACACCUUUCAUCCGCUGCCACACAGCAGGAAAGAUAUACACAUCUGAUCGCUACCUAUGCUUUGCCAGCAAGGAGGAUGGACUAUGUAAUGUUGUCAUUCCUCUAAAAGAGGUAGUAAGUGUCGAGAAAAUGGAAGACACCAGCCUUCUUCCAAAUCCUAUCAUUAUCAGCAUUCGACAUCAGAUGGCUUUCCAAUUUAUAGAGCUAAAAGACAGAGAUAGUUUGGUUAAUGGCCUGCUGUACAGACUCCAAGAAAUCAGUUCCAGUACCCUGUCUGCCAGGCAUAACGAUCUGAAGUUCAGACAAGAUUGCUUUGGUAAUAUGAACAUAAUGGUUAACCAAAGUGAAGAUGGAAAUGAAAAGGAGAAGCCGUCAUUGAAUGCAGAAGCGUUGAUGGCUAUGUUUCAUCAAACAGGAACUGAGAGCCCUGAUGCUGGCAUGUCCAGGGAACAGAUAAAAGAGCGGCUAUGGAAUGACCAUUUUGCAGAAUAUGGGAGAAGCGUAUGCAUGUUCCGUACAGAAAAAAUCCAGAAGCUUGUUGCAAUGGGAAUACCCGAGUCACUCCGUGGAGAACUUUGGCUUGUUUUCUCUGAUGCAGUAACUGAGAUGGCAUCACACCCAGGUUAUUAUGGUAGGCUAGUGGAGGAGUCAAUGGGCAAGUGCUGCUUGGCGAAUGAAGAGAUAGAACGGGAUCUUCACCGCUCCCUUCCAGAGCAUCCUGCCUUCCAAAAUGAAACUGGCAUUGCAGCUUUAAGAAGAGUUCUGACUGCUUAUGCUUACAGAAAUCCCAAAAUAGGAUAUUGCCAGUCUAUGAACAUUUUGACUUCAGUCUUACUUCUGUAUGCCAAAGAAGAGGAGGCUUUUUGGUUGCUGGUUGCUGUAUGCGAGAGGAUGCUUCCAGAUUACUUUAAUCACAGAGUCAUUGGAGCUCAGGUUGACCAAUCCGUAUUUGAAGAACUUAUAAAAGAGCGACUUCCUGAGCUGGCUGAACAUAUCACAGAUUUAUCUACGCUAGCAUCUAUAUCUCUGUCAUGGUUCCUUACCCUCUUCAUAAGUAUUAUGCCUCUCCAAAGUGCUGUGAAUGUUGUGGACUGUUUCUUCUAUGAUGGUAUCAAAGCCAUAUUCCAGAUUGGGCUAGCAAUUCUGGAUGCCACUGCAGUAGAGCUGUGCAACAGCAAAGAUGAUGGUCAGGCUCUCAUGAUCUUGAGCAGGUUUUUGGAACAUGUUAAAAAUGAAGAAAGUCCUCUACCACCAAUCGGCAACUUGCACAGUUUACUCAACAAUGAGCAAGAGGUGUACCCAGUGACCGACAUAGCCGAUUUGAUUCGGGAUUCCUAUGAGAAAUUUGGCAAUAACUCUGUGGAACAGAUUGAGCACUUACGCUGUAAGCACAGGAUACGUGUACUGCAAAACCACGAGGAAACUACUAAACAGAAUGUUCUCCGAGUUGUUGCCCCUGAUGUGUCCUUUGUCCAUGAAGAAUUAGCAGACCUGUAUGAUAUGUACAAGAGAGAGCAUCUUAUCAGCUGUUACUGGGAAGGAAUAUCUUCUACACUUGAACGCCAUGACCCAAGCAGGCCAUAUGCACAACAGUACAAGAUUGACAGCCAGCAAUUCAAAAACCUCUUCAGGCUCUGUUCCCCUUGGACAUGUGAAGCUCACACUGAGGUCCUGGCAGAAAGGAUUUUCCGCCUGCUGGAUGAGAAUGUGGAUGGCCUGAUCGAGUUCAAAGCAUUUGCAUGUUGUUUAGAUAUUAUGUAUUAUGGGGAGAUGAAUGAAAAAAUCAAGUUUUUAUACAGGCUCCAUAUCCCGCCAGCUCUCUCAGAGAAUGACCAGGACUGCCAGUCACCUCUGAAGGGCCCACUUCUGUCAACAACCAGGCCUCUGAAGAUCUCCAAGACAAAUGGAGAAAAGAAAGAUUAUCAAAAACAGCUAAAGCAAAUGCUCAAAGAUUUGGCCAAAGAAAAAGAGAAGAAUGCUGAAAAAGAACUACCAAAGAUGACCCAGAGAGAGUUCAUUCAGUUCUGCAAAACUCUGUACAGCCUUUUCCAUGAAGAUCCAGAGGAGAAUGAUUUGUACCAAUCCAUUGCCACUGUGACCACCCUCCUUUUGCAGAUCGGGGAGGUUGGGCUACGCAGCAGCAGCUCAGGAAGCACUUCCGAAGAAUUCCCUACUGUUGACCAACAAAAUGAAGCAUCCACAUCCGACCAGGACUCUGUUUUCUCAGAUGCAGUAAAGUCCCCAUCAUCAUCAUUAUCUGAACCAGACUGGGUCAUUUCUUUUGAACACAUACUGGCAUCUCUGUUGACAGAGCAGUCCUUGGUGAACUUUUUUGAGAAGCCUUUGGACCUAAAGUGUAAGUUAGAAGCUGUGAAACUGAAUCCAUACAGCCUAAAAACAAAUUGUAUGGGUACUGUACCCUCUGGUCUUCACAGUUAAUAAGCUGCACUAAUGACUGAAUACAAUUUUUUUUUCUUUAAAUUGGGGUUUGGUGGCAGUUGAUGUGCAAGAAAGAAUGUUUCACUUUACUGCACAUUCAACUCGUUGUGGACACAGUUGCAUUACAGCAUGGGAAAGUUAAGACAAUCUCAAUGCUACUAUCAUCCCGCAUUAAUGUUGAAGAUCUUAGGGGUACACCAUGGUCAUUACUUUAAUUCAAAAUCAACUUGGAAUGAGAAACACCUACUGUUUAAGCUAUGAGCAGCCCUUGAUGGACAUAAAAUCGCACAGCUGGACAGAUUUCAUUGCUAUCCUGGGGAAUGUAUUGUUACAUUGUAUGGAAGACAGUGCUAAAUGCUUAACAUGGGUGAAUUUCAGUUAUUGUAUGUGGUUAGAAAAGCUUUACAACAUUUUGAAACCUGACCACUUGUUUAUGCAUAAUAACCAUAAUAUAAGACUUGCAUUAUGCAUUGGCCAGGAGUGAGGAUAAGUGAUUCCAGCUUUCUCUACUCUGUGAAUAACCAAAGCACACUGGAUAAUCUGUUACUUCCCUGUCUUUUUGACUGUGACUUUUUUGUGAUGCAUUUUAAGGAAACCGUCCGUACCCUAGCUGCAGGCAGGACGCCAGCUGGUUUGUGAGACAGUCCCCAGGACUGGCAUGCCAAAAUUUCUUACUGUUGGAAUAUGUUCCUUGGCCUCCCUGAGGUUCUGGUCAAUGUCCUCUGUUUUGUAUGUAUGAGUUCUUUUCUUUGCACUACUAAUUAUGAUGUUUCAAUGCUGGAAAUUGAAACUUUUAUUAUAUUCGAUUUGCUUUGGAAUUUCUAUGUUGGUCAAAAAAAUGUCAGCGUUGACUUGCCUUGUGCUUUAUCUCUAGGUCUGUGCACUUUUCAAUAAAUGCUUUUAUUGUUCCCUUUUUA